AUGGAGGAGUUCCCCAAGAAGGUGAUCGAGUACAACAAUCUGUUGCAGACUCAUCGCUUUUCUUAUUCUCGACUACCGGAGAUGAUGCCCGAUCCAGAUUUGAACAUUCCUGUCCCUUGCGUGGCACACCUGAACGAUCUACAAAACGAUGUCGAUGGAGAUGCUCCCGCGGCAAAGAAGCGUAAGCUUGCGACUUUUGAUCCAAGCUCUAACAAUGGCACUCCCGUAUACGGCUUCAUCAAUGGCACCGUGCCUUGUAACGCACAUCUGGCCGACCUAAUGGAUCAGAUCCGUCCGCUAUUGCGAGAUGCUGUGGAGAACGUGAACAAGGUGAAAAUGUGGAUCACUCUGUUGAUCCCUCGCAUCGAAGAUGGAAACAAUUUUGGUGUAUCGAUCCAGGAGGAAACUCUCAGUGAGGUUCGUAAUGUUGAAAGUGAAGCAGCCUCGUUUCUGGAUCAGAUGAGCCGGUACUUUACAAGCCGUGCUAAGCUGCUGACAAAAGUCGCGAAAUAUCCGCAUGUAGAUGACUACAGGAGAGCAAUAUUAGACAUGGAUGAAAAACAGUUCAUAAACGUCAGACAAGAUGGUUCAAUACUGUACAUUUCAGAGUGCAUGAAGGACAUCGAUGACUUCGUCUUCAAGAAUAUCCAGUGUUCAGCCAUCUGCCUGGCAAAGAUUGAGAAAACCGGCCUCCGCGAGUUACGCCGAACGUUACUGAAUGGACUCUCCGAAGAUCUCGAAUCCCAGCCACUCAAUCAUAAUGUGCGCUCAACUCUCAUUGGGAUCGGGAAUUUCCUGCUUUAUUCGCGAGGAAAGUUCGCAGACCAAUUGGUCCCUCUGCUUAUCAAGACGUUGGCAACUCUCCCACAAAUGAAGUGGGUCGACGAUGGUCUGCUUAACAAAAAAGAUAGAGUCCCUGUACAGGAACAAUUUGCUUUCUGCUUCAAUACUGUUCUGUCUGAUCUCGCUGCACAUUUACCUGCUCAUCGUAAUGGCACCUGCUGCCAAAAAACGGCAGUUUUGUUUAUUUUUCAUAGUUUUCAGAUCGAUGCUCUGGCUUGCGCCGUGACUUCAAUCCUCGAAAUUUUGGAGGAUCAUGAGAAUAUCGGUCCAUCAAAAUCUCAUCUUCUGAGACUCACGUGUUAUGUUAUGGGGUUACUUCGGUCAUUGGGGCGAUAUUCCGCAAGCCCCGACAGGCCUCUAAUCUCAUACGUAUUUCCGGUCGAAUUCCAGAUGCCAAUUGAAGGGAACGUUGGCAACGACAAGAAGGACUCGGAUAUACCUCGAAUAAGCUCUGAUGAUGCGUGGGCGUGGCUGGAUGGAGGAUCUGUGCCCACAGAAAAGGAGACUACAACGAGUAGCGUGCAGCGCCUAGUUAAACUCUACAACAAAUUCGGAGCAAGUUUUGUUGGUACUCACACCGAAACGAAGGACGGCAUCCAGUUUCUCCUGAAUAAUAAGGAGCUGGAGUCUCUAUUCGACACGGUGCAGCAAUUACUCAAAAAAGAUGUGCUCACGCAGUUGGACAAUCACGCUACCGACGUGUAUACGGGUGCACAUAUCAAACGAUUUCCAUACAAGACAGUGAGUGAGACCCUCACGUUGACGUGCUUGUCAUUGCUGCGGGAGGUACUGCGACCGUUUUCGGUGCUCAACAAGGAUUGUUCUGUUAAGGAGAAUUUCGCUAAGGAGCUGAAUGCGUUCGUUGUUCAUCUACUGGGUUUGCUGGAAACUCAACGGCAAUCACUCGGAGAACGUCGAACGACGCCAUCGAGCGUAGCACGACGUCCGACAGAUCUGGAGCUUUACCACGCCAAUAGCAUUUCGACUCUGGCCGCCGCAUGUGCACUUGAAUUGAUAGUGUGGGCUGCCGUUGAUGAUAUCGAUUCUGAUGCGGUUUGUUCAACGAUGUCCGCUCGUCUAUUCACUAUCAACACGAAUCGGGUGCAACUGUCACAACUGCCAUUAGCUCUUCGGGCGCUGUCAUCACUUGGAGUAGGCUUGCGGAGAAAUUUCCUUCUGUGGCGACUGCCACUGUGGUUCCAAUUUUGUCUCGCUUUCUCCUCGAACCGGCACCAAUUCUGGCCAAGUUGUCAUCGGAAACUUCUUCUGAGAGGAAAAAUGAAGAGCGACGUCAAGAAGAAACAGCAGCUAAGAGGAAGGCAGCUCCUCGACGCUCUACGCAACGCCGCUAUCGAUGCUUUGUGCAGGGCUUUGAAGUCUUCCCUGAGUGUGGAUGCGGAUAGUGUGCAGGCGUGUCUCGCCAGCCUUUCAUCCAAGCUCUUCGUUUGCUCCAGCGCAAAUAAUUUCGUUGUGGCUCUGGUAUGCGAGAACGCAAUUAUGACCCUUGGCGGGAUCGGAGUGGCGUUGGUUGGCUCGAAAGAUGUGCCCGACAUGGUUCUUCAGAUCUUCCUGCAAAGAUUUGCAAAUCCUCCAUCCCCACUUGACAACGUUAUGAUUCGCUGUCUUGCUAAUAUGUGGAUCGCUGGAGCGGUCGGUGCGCAUCACAAAGACAAGAACUGGCAGUGUUGCGAGAAAAAAUACAUUUUAAAUCUUAAUCAUGUAUCACUAAGCGUUGACACCGCUUUGGGUCGAAUGGCUGAUGGCGUAGCUGAAGGCGAAGAUCAGCUGGCAUUGCUUGUACGACUUCUUGAACUUUUCGUCCAACUCGGUAUUGAAGGCAGACGUGUUGGAGAAAAAGUUUCCAAGAGCACAGUUAAGAUGUCUACAAGCGCUGGAAAUCUCGGUGUGUUAAUGCCGAAAAUCGCGACCCUUCUGAAGAGAAUGAGCCCGAUUUCUCAGCCGUCUACGAAGCUUAGGAACUUGUUCAGAGAUUUCUGGUUCUACUGUACAGUUCUCGGUUUCGAUGUGGAAUAUUCAGGUGAUUGGCACUUUUUCUUAGUUUUGUGCACUUUUGGACUUUUUUCCUUUGGGAUUCCUGUGUACUGUCGCUGA